AAAUAUUUGAUGGAUCAUAAGGGCCGAUAUUCUCCCAGUACGGUCCUGAGCAAGCUUGGCCAUGGCCAGGUGAUAAGGGAUUUGUUACUCGACUGAAAAUGUGUAUAAAAUAAUAAAAUAAAAUAAAGUAAAGUAAAAUAAAAUAGCGACAACAAACCACUGGAAAGAUGCCGUAAACUCCAAGUGCUCAAUUCUAGGUUAAUGAAAAGUCUAAAAAUAAAUCUGGAUAAAAAGAGAAAGAAACUUCAGAAGCUUGAUUGAGUGGCUUCCUGAUGGAAUGGCGUUUUAAAGAUCUAGUUUAGGUUAGGCUAACAAGAGCGGGGCGUUUACGGUUAUUGACUAUCAUCAAUUAGAGUGAGUUGUGUAAGUGUUUCCAUAUGUAAAACAAGGAGUUGCGCCAAAUUGGACUGCAGGUACGGCUUUACUGAGGGGUUAUCCUCGAAGACCCAGGAACAGAUAUUCAGGUCAGGAGGACGUCAAACAGGGAAAUUGAUGCGAUCGAGAAAUCCCCUUGUCACUGAAAUUGCUCUCUGGCACCAGCCCGAAAAGCAUGACUUAAGGGCGAUCAACUGAGCUCUUGAUCAACCAUUCGUGUAAGAAGAUCACGAAAGUAGCGCGAUAGAUGCUGGCUUAAGAUUGGGCACAAUUUUUUUAGGCCCAAUUAGAGAGGCUUCGUCUCAGGGCCGCGGUGCUUCCUAGGGGAUAUCUUGUAAACUUGAACUCGUUGUUCGCAUCGCUUUCGCCCAGUUGACUUACUCCUGACUACUGAGUAUCUGCCCUUGGGUCCCCAAGGAUAAUGUAGGAUAGAUUUAUCCUGAAUUUCCGACUGGCGAGGGUGUGGGGAAGGGAGAGGGGGAGAAGGAAAAGAAAGAAAAGAAAAGUGUCAACUGAGGCUUUCUCUUUAGAAGGUCUGAAACUCAAGUUAGGAAAGAUGGGCAUAAGUCUUUAACGUUCAGCCCACCUACUAAUUAAAUAUUCUGAGAGAUGCAGUGGAUUAAUCGGUAGCGCACUGAACUUUGAAUCGGAGCUGCCCUGGUUACGAGUCUGCCGAGCUCAAUGUUCUUGAGCGAGAUACAAUUCUCUCUCCUCCCAGGAAUGUAAAUAGGUGACUUGUUAGAGAAGCCUGACCAAGCUGAGAAGUAAUCUUUGAUCAAGAUCAAUGGACUUCCGACUAUGUUACAAACUGAUUCACUUACUGUGGUGAUAAGGCUUAAUAUAAGACUAUUUCUGAACUGUGAUAAGCUUCUGUUCUAAAAUAUUAUGAGCCGUAUAUGUAAUAAACCAAACAUCAGCCAAGUGAAACAUUUUGGAUCAGUCAAAUUUGAGUGGGACAGUUGCGCCAAAAAUUUUCUGUAUUUCACCUGCAAAGUUAAUUAAAUUUUCCCCUGGACAUUUUCCGUGAACAUUCUGACAACGCAAAUCUUUCCCAGAGUUCUUCGCGAGCUUGUAGCCACAGCAACAACGAUGUCAUGUUUCAUUGGUUCUAACAUGACACCAGAAGCUACUUUCAGAGCAUGGCCGCUCUUAGGAUAUCGAAGAGUUUGCGACCCAAGUGUUGCUUGAUAUCAGCAGGUUUACGCAGUUCUCAGUUACCGAGCCUACAAGCUGCUCAUAGGACAUACUGUAGCCCGGCCAAAGGAACCUCAGAAUCAUACAAAGAUCUCAAAGACAAGCCUAUACGUUUCUCUACAUCAAAGGCACGGCGUCUGACACUUAACCAAACCCUGGGAGAUAUGAAUGAGAAGACAUCAAAUAGACCCAUAUACAUAGGUUUCAUAACCAUGGUCAUCUUGACUUAUAUUAUUUUCUUUUUACCUGCUUCUAAAGAAGAAGUAGAAGAAUGGGAGCUUCUUGAGGAUGCGGAGAUUUCAAAACAACAGGACAUUAAAAGACAGUGACAAGAGAGUGAUAUAUGCUAAUUUGUACAGGAUAAACUGUUUCCAAGAAGUUCAUUUUUCCAAGGCAGGCACAAGGCUUGGUCAUGAGAAUCAACGAUCAUACAGCCUUAUACUCAAUGGAGCCUUAAAUGCUGUAUUCCACUUAAAAACUACCCCAUUUAUAGACAUAAUAAAUUUGUUUGACAAGCAACUGUAAAAAUUUAAAGAAUUCAUGAGAGUUCUCAACUUGUUCAGCCCAUUCCUCUCAUACUCUGGUAUUAUGGUAUUCAAGUAUGAACGUGUCCUGCAGAAGCAAGAUACAACCAGAUUCUCAAAUGUAAUGUUAUGGGCAGACAAACUUUCAACAGUUUUCACAACCAUGGCGGCAAAGCAGAGGACAGCAUUGAAAAGAUAAUUAUUUUACAUUCUACUGGAGAUUUUUGCAAAUCCUUUGAUCCAUUGUGGGUGUCUACCAGUGUUUGAACUAUUCUGCAUAGCAGUUGUUUCCAAAAGCACUCAGAGGAAAUGCAACUGCAAAUGAGUGCUAAAAAAUAAGGAAAAGGGGGUGGGGCCCACUUCUCCCCAUUUUUUGCUCACCCUAGGUGCGCUUGUUCGCUUGCUCCCUUGCUGCUUGCUUGAUCUCCCUGCCUGGGAAAUAGAAAGGAAAUGUCUGCUAUGCAGGCUAUUCUUCACUAGAUAAUAAAGAAAACCUUCAGUUUAAAUCCGAAAUAUAACAAUUUACUGCACAUGGUGGCCCAUGUUCUCCAGCAAACAUACAAUUUAUUUGGUCAUAUCGAGGCAUUGUUUGUCACAGGAUGGGCUAGAAAUGGACCAAGAUUCAUAACAACAGAACAUAGCAAUUGUUCUGCUGAUUAAACCAUUUUUUUUUUGGGGGGGGGGGGGAAUGUUGUUCCUUUCAUUAUCGUGGUGUGCAUAAAUCAUCUCUACAUAAUGAUGUGUUAGGCAACCAUUUACUCCAUAACUUUACUACACCAGGUAUUCUUCAUCUCUGGACUUCAGCUUGUUCUAAUUUUAAUUUUUUAGUUCUGAGAUAAAGGAACACUGGGUUUAAAUCAUAGCAGAAAAAUCUUCAAAACAAGUUUAAACUAUUUGCUAUAUUUUUAGCGACUAAAGUUGGCAUUUACUGGUAGACUUUGAUGUAUGUUUAACAAACGAUGGCAUUGGUAUGUCUGUUAGAUAUAUCAGAGUACAGUCACAAUUUCUUUGUUUCUUUUUUUCAACUAGAUGAAUUAUUAAGCCUUUGAGACACUGGUCAUUUAUAAUGUGUUCAUAACUUAUUAAUUCUUAUACUUGUGGUACCUUGCCAGCCUGACCAGUAGUGGGCACCUUUCAUUUCCUGUGGUAUCUCCUGGUGUUUCUUGGUUAUCCUGUGGUCCAUAUCCAAAAUGUUUCCAUAUGUUUUUGAAUUUUUAUGCUUAUGCUGUCCAAUUGAAUCGUUCCAAGCUUGGUUAACUUUCUAAUUUUGUUGUGAUCUAUAAAAGGGUCACAACAUUCUUUAAUUAAUAUAAUAUUUGAUAUGAUAUAAAAUAAUUAAUAUGAAAUUGUGUGUUAAUAAAAGCAGAAGCCAACAUAAAAGUGUGAUGUACUGUAUUUUCUCGAUUAAACGCCCCCGGUUUUUGUUUAAACUUGACUUGCAGAUCAGGUGUUUAUUGACUUUUGCAGUUUAUUUGAACCUGGAGUUUAUUAGAGUUAUUAUUCAUUUUUUUUAGAGCUUUAAAAUAUCUUAUAAUUAUACCUAAGGCUUACUAUAUCUGGAAUAUAAAUUCCUUGAGGGUCUUAUUUAUGAACCUACGUGGGAGACCUGCCAUUCAUUCGAGAACUGGCGUUUAAUCGAGAAAAUAUGGUAACUUGAAUGUGUUUGAGAUUGUGUGAUGUAACUGAAGGUUUACAAAAUUAUAGCAUGUUACUGUCAGCAACAGGAAAUGCUUUUAUAUGUUUAUAAUUUUCUUUUUCUUUAUAAAAUUUUGAAAUAUAUAAACGAUGUAUUAUCCUUCAAUUUCCUUUAGGAAAUAACUUGGAAACUUUUUUUGCUUUUCAAAGACUUAAUGAAGCAUCUCAAAAUUGCAAUUGUUUACUUUCUGACUAAUUUUUACAUGCUUUCUUGGUUUCUGACAACAAUUUUUAACUGGAUCAUUAUUAUGAUAAUUUGACAAUCACAAUGGAGACAGGGUUUUACAAAAAGCCUUUCCUUUUUACUUCCCUUUUGUCCUAGCCAUCUGUUUUAAUGAAACAACACUCACUUUAAAAUAUUUCUCUGAAAACUUUUACACCUUCCUAUAUUCAUAACCAUUGUAAACCCCCAGAAAUGGUCCCUUAUGAGUUUCUUACUCACCAAGUCACAAAAAUUUAUCUGAUAGAUGCCACCAGCAAAUAUUGUAAUUUUUCGUCGGUGUUUUAUCAGGAUAAUCAACAGACGAGUUACACCAUUUCUGUUUCCUUAAUUAAUAACAGUACAUGCAAAAUUUUAGCAUGCUGAUUGGCUGAGAGCAUGUCAGUUUUAAUCCUGAGAAGUGCAGAAAGUUGAAACU